AAAAAUCUCUACACCAAUGAAUAUGUAGCUAUCAAACUGGAACCAAUCAAAUCACGUGCUCCACAGCUUCAUUUAGAGUACAGGUUUUAUAAGCAGCUUGGCAGUACAGGUGAAGGUCUCCCACAGGUGUAUUACUUUGGACCAUGUGGGAAAUACAACGCUAUGGUGCUGGAGCUCCUCGGCCCUAGCUUGGAGGACUUGUUUGACCUCUGUGACCGAACUUUUACUUUGAAGACUGUGUUAAUGAUAGCCAUCCAGUUGCUUUCUCGAAUGGAAUAUGUGCAUUCAAAGAAUCUCAUUUACCGAGAUGUCAAGCCAGAGAACUUCCUGAUUGGCCGACAAGGCAAUAAGAAAGAACAUGUUAUACACAUUAUAGACUUUGGACUGGCCAAGGAAUACAUUGACCCUGAAACCAAAAAACAUAUACCUUAUCGGGAGCACAAAAGUUUAACUGGAACUGCACGAUACAUGUCUAUCAACACACAUCUCGGCAAAGAGCAAAGCCGGCGGGAUGAUUUGGAAGCCCUAGGCCAUAUGUUCAUGUAUUUCCUUCGAGGCAGCCUGCCUUGGCAAGGACUCAAGGCGGAUACGUUAAAAGAGAGAUAUCAAAAAAUUGGCGACACCAAAAGGAACACUCCAAUUGAAGCGCUCUGUGAAAACUUUCCAGAGGAGAUGGCAACCUACCUGCGAUAUGUCAGGCGAUUAGACUUCUUUGAAAAACCUGACUAUGAGUAUUUGCGGACCCUCUUCACAGACCUCUUUGAAAGGAAAGGCUAUACCUUCGACUAUGCCUAUGACUGGGUCGGGAGGCCUAUUCCUACUCCAGUAGGGUCAGUUCAUGUAGACUCUGGUGCAUCUGCAAUAACUCGAGAAAGCCACACACACAGGGAUCGGCCAUCACAACAACAGCCUCUACGAAAUCAGGUGGUUAGCUCAACCAAUGGAGAACUGAAUGUCGAUGACCCCACAGGAGCCCACUCCAAUGAACCAAUCACUGCUCACGCUGAGGUGGAGGUAGUGGAGGAAGCUAACUGCCUGAAAAUGCUCAACCUGUGGUGCUGCUGUUUCUUUAAGAGGAAAAGGAAGAAGACUGCUCAGCGCCACAAGUGACCAGUGCCUCCCAGGAGUCCUCAGGCCCUGGGGACUCUGACUCAAUUGCACCUGCAGCUCCUGCCAUUUCUCAUUGGAAAGGACUCCUCUGUGGGGGAGGGUGGAGAUCCAAACCAAAAGGAAGAAAACAGAUGCCCCCAGAAGGAGCCAGUGUGGGCAGCCAGGGCCCAGUGGGUCAGUGGCUGUCCCCACCUGCCUAAGGCUCUGAGCAGGUCCCAGAGCUGCUGCUUCUCCACUGCUUGCCCGCGGGGCCACCUGGUUGACUCUCCUUCCUAUUGUUUACAGUGAAGGUGUCAUUCACAAAAACUCAAGGACUACUAGUCUCUUCCCUUCCCUUAGUCUACUCCUGGUUCUUGCCCCACCCUCAGUCCUCUCCAGCAUAAAAGCUAGUGAGUUGAAGGCUUUGUCUGCUGCAGAAGCUCAAGAGGCUGGGAGUGCGGCCAAGAAGGGAGGAGGCAGGCCCGAGCUGGGGGAGAACCUUCUCCACCUACCAGGUGUAUCUGGCGGUAUGGCUCCCUCAUCCUCUGUGCCUGUGCAGCCUCCGUCCCCAGCUGGCCACGGGGUGCAGGCUACCCCCUCUUUCCCUCCCCCCACUCCUGUGAAGAAGUUACACUGUAGGACACAAGCUGUGAGAAAUCUGCAGUCUACUGUCCCCAUGUGUUGGCGUUCUUAGCUUUUCUUGACAAGUGAACUCUUCUCCAGUCAGUAGUAGGACAAUGCAAAUUGUUCUGAGCAAAGGAAAAAAAAACUGACUUGAUUGCACUUUUAGUUUUUUGUUUUUGUUUUUUAACAGAAAACAUGGCAGAUGCAUAUUGUGUCUGGUUAUAUUGGGAGUUGUACUUUUUUUCUGUUUUGAGGGGAUGGGGCCAGCCAAGCCAUUCGGAGAGAACAUGGGUCCGGAGGACAUUCUCAAUGGGAAGAGCUGGGUCUGCAGCACCCAGAAGAGAAGAAGCCAAACUCUACGUCAUUCUGAGUGAACGCUCAGAUUGGCAAGGAAACAUACUUGAAUUUUCAUUCAUCUUCUCAGCUACUGAAGAAUGUCCCUACCAGAACCUCUUGACCUCAUCAGCCUGCAGUUUGGACAGCCUAGCUCUCCAGUGCGUGGGAUGAGCCAGCCAAGCCAGACUGACCAGAAGACGGUUUAUCCCAGAGAAGGAGAUAUUUUAAAAAAAAAUUGGAAACAUCUGUUUUCUCCACUGCCAGGGACUUCCAACUAGAUAGCCAUGUGACUUCCUUAGUGAUUUAGGGGACAAAAUUAGUGAUGAAACAGCCACCAUCAUAUUGCCACUAGUGGACAAAAAGAGGAGGAACGUGAAUCUGCCUUCCAACUGCCAAAGGAACCUCAGGAUUUGGCAUCACAGGGCCAGGAAAUAAAAUUGGUGUGUACCGUCUGCCGCCAUAGCUGCAUUGUAGCCUUUGGGCUGGCCAACCUUAUCAGAAACUAAGCACCUGCAGGUUUUCUCCCAGCAGGCCCCCAGCAGCAGGCUUAGCACUUAGUACAUGGGGCUAUAGUGAACAGGAGGGUAAGAUCGGUUGGUGCUGGAAAGUUCCAGGGGAAAGGAGACGGAACUGAAAGCUCUGAAAUCUUCUCAAUUGGACAUAGACUCCUUUCAGAUAAGAUGGCCUUGUAUCUAGAGCAUGUCUCCCCAGUACACUCUCCGCCCCCUGCCCCCCAUGGUGCAGUCACGUGACAUACUACCAUGAAAAAUCUUGGUUCCUUAUUCACUGCUUAAAAAAUUAUUAAUGUAUGGAGUUAAUCUUCUCAUGCUCGAUUUUCAUUUCAGUUCAGUGGCUUAUCCAAACAGUGACCUCUCAUUCCAGAUGUGAUAGAGGAGAAAAGAUUAUUUACACCAAGCGAUGAGGUCUUGUAUUUGGGAGUAGGGCAAACUAACCAUAGAGGAUAAUGGCGUGGUUUUGGGAAUGAACACAGAAAUCAUAGCCCCUGUCUUGAGGUGUACGGCUGUCUUUUGGACUAGUAGGGAUCCUUUCUGGUAGUUGACGUUUCCUGACAGGUCCCUUGAUGUAUCUUACAUGGAGCAGAAAUAGCAGCAGUAGCAUGAAGCAGUUACUGGGCUUCAGCUGUUCCAUCAGGCCUUGGCUAAGCAAUAUCACUUCCCUGGCUUCAAACCUGCUCACUUAUGUAAAGAUUAUAAUCUCCCAUUUGUUUAAAAGAAAUUUUCCUGUAUACAGAGCCGAAUGGCUGGGAGACGCAGUGUCAUACCCCUUCCCCAGGAGGAUUUUGAAUCUUAAUAAUGGAUUUUUUUCCUUGACAUUACCUAGUAGUUAAGGCAUAAUCAAUGAAACUUACAUAGUUUUUCAGUUGGUAUUUGGGCAACUAAUUUCUAUAUAGAAACUUUUAUUUCCUCUUCCCUGUAUAGAAAAAGCCUUGCCUCUCAAGGGAGGGCAAGGGGACAUGGUGGCAGAGCCUGGAGCCUCUUGGCACUCCAUACCCCACUAAGUGCCUCCCUACCCCCUAUGCCCCACCCUGUUUCCACAAAAAAACGCAAAGGCAGCGGCCAGUUUGGCUGCAGGGCAAGCCCCUUUGCAGCCGGGUUUGACCUUUUUUGGUCUUAAAUUUUUUAAAGGCUAGCUCUUAAGGGACUGAACCUAAGCAGUUUUGGGGGGUCCUUCCUCAUGCACUGUUUUUACUCUCUGCCCCUCACAGAUCUCUUACUAGAUACUUGAUUUUCAUAACAAAAGUGACAAGACCCAGGUCCCUCUGGCAUGCAGGGUAAUGGUGAUCCUUCUAGGGCCUUUGGCACUCCAGGUGGUUCCAGACCCCUGAGAAAUCCUUUAAAAUUAAAAAAAAAAAAAAAAAAGAGUACCUAAGGAGUAGUUUGGCCAUCAGUUCCACCCCCACCAGCACAUCAGGGCUUCCUCCUCAGCUCUGUUGCUAUAGUUGCUUAGCUCUGUGCCUCAGCCAAGUCCCUGGGGUUGGGCACUCCCUCCACCCACCCCCCUACCCAAGUCCACUUGCUCUGUAGUUUGAGCUUUCUUCAUUUCCUAGCCAUGAUGCCUAGGUACCUUUUUCUUUGGAAUUGAUGCAGUUGUUUCUGAGUUAGUAUUAAGCGCUAACAGCACCUGUUCAUAAAAAACCCUUCAUAUUAUAGCAUUAGGAGGCCUCCCAAGCCCUGCAGUCCUUCAGGCAUUGCAUCCUGAGCAGAUGGAGGCAAGCAGGCCAGGAAUCCACCAAGGCAUAAAGGGUCCUUCCCAUGUGAUCAGAGCACGACUUGUGUCUGUGAGGUCCAAGCAUGUAAGGGCUGAUCACUUGCAUGUAUGCACACCUUGGCGUUUCCCAAUGAUCUCACUGCCGACUGCUAUGCAAGGGCAGACAGUGUGCCAGCAGCCAGUGUGCUCCCGUGGCUGCCUUCGUUAACACUCCUGCUAUUUGGGGUCUGUCUAGGAAGGUACGAGUCAGGUGACUAGGUUGGCAUCCAGUUAACGCUCCAUUUUACUUUGGAAUAGAGGGGCAACAGGAGCAGGAUCCUGAGGUUUCCAGCAGAAGUGUUGAAUGCCUGUUAAUUCUCAAUGAACUCCAAGUACAUAGAAACAGCUCCUGCCAUUCGCCAGAAGAGGUGUCCAUUGCCCCUAACUUCCAGCUUAGCUCACUGGAAAUGUACACUGGCAGUACGAAUUCAGUGUUGAUUCUCAGUGUUAGUAAUCACUUUUAAUGUUAGAAAUAUGCAGUGAUGGUAAUGUUAUGUCAGAGUGGUUACUAAAGAUCAUAGCCUUAACUUUUUUUAUGCAAAAGAUAUGACCCUGUUCCCCCUCCCAGUGAGCAAGCAUGGCCUGCAUUUUUAAAAAAUAAGCACUUCCAUGGCAGCCUAGAAAGCAUCUUCUCAAAAGAAUUUGAUCUUUCUUCUGAUGCAUCUCUCCCAAGUCCACAUGCUUCCUGUGGCCCAAUCUCCUCUUCCAUGUUCAUAUUUAAACCUGUUUUCCAUUCCCAGUCACUUACCCUGACAGCAUUAUCUUCAGUGUCAGAGCCACCACAUUAGGGUUAGAGUUUGUCACAUUGGGAGCUUGCAGCGCCAUACAGCCAACAUGGCCUCGGCCAGUCCACUGCCAUCAUCCCCACGAUUGCUCCAAGGUGGGCAAAUGAAUUCCAGAAACCCUUAGGGAGCCAGGAUAACUAGGUACCCCACCUGGAUUGGCCCUAUGAGCAGCAGGCACUUGUCUUGGGGUUCUUGGUCUUGCUGGCUCCAGGGCUCCAGGAAAGUCCCAUCUGGAGUUUUUGCUGGGCAAUGACUCCCAGUGUCCCAUGAUGGGUUGAUAGGAAUCAAAAUGGGAUUCCUGUGGUUUUGUUUUCUUGGGUGGGGGGGUGUAUCUGAAAAGAGGAAACCAAGCCUUUCUGAGGGUUUGCAGAGUUUUAAGCAGUGUUUUAGCCACAAAUAAGGAAUCUUGGAAGUCUCUGAUCAAUUAAGCAGUCUUAAAAACAUGUUUUCCCUAACUCCUUUUGCAGGUGGCUGAAUGCAAAAGAAUAGGUUUCUUCAUUGUAUUCAACACAGUAAGUAGGUCCCCUGGGUAUUGACAGUAGUAGUUAACAUGUUUCCUCACAAAGCAGCCAGGAAGUCCUCUCCAGUAUUUGUAGAUCAGCUUACAGAGGAGAAAGUGAAUGUGUGUUCCAUCUAUUUCUAGUUUGAUUACAAAACUUGAUGUUAUAAAGAAACCUCAGUUCUGUGGACAGAAUUUCUUUUGUUAGUUUUCUUCUUUAUUCCUCACAGUCAUCUUUCCGGUGCCAUCACCCCUUUCAGACUCUGAGAGCAGAGGGUGUAUCCAUGGUAAUAAGUGGUGCGGUGCAGUCAUCCUAGUAACACACAUGAGAAGUCAGCCGCCCAGACCGCCCCUUCCGCGCAAAUCCCCUUUCAAGGCAGGUGAGACAUAUUCAGUGUUCCUCUUUGUGAGCUCCAGACCAAAUCCCAGGCCAGCCCUUGCACCGAAAGCAUUUUUAAGAGGCUUAAUCAGUCUGUUAGGAAUGUCUCAGGAAAGAUGAGCCAUUUCUUUGGGGGAAAAUAUAUUUACAGAUGGGUGUGGUUGCAUUUGUAUGCCCCUGUGUGUGUGUGUGCUCAUCUGUAUGCAUUUCAAUUCCAUAAAAACCCAGCCCAAGCUGCUGGGACCAUGUGUUCCUGAGUAUUCUAGGAAGUAAAGUGACUUCUCAAGUUAGUGUCACAGCAAGCUGGCUCUGGGAAUGAGCCCCAUUUAUCAAGCAGAAGAGUAAACAGCAGGAAAGAUAGAGAUGAAACCAAAAAUAUUAUAACCCCCCCAAUGGAAAAUAAUGUUCCCAUUGGAUAUAUUACAUCCUCUAAUUUAUUAUAUUAUUAUUUUGUCUUUCUUUAAUCUUUGCCCAUUAUACUUUUAAAAAGAUGUUGAGAUGUUGAUUGCAAUUUUUAAAGGCUAGAUGAUGUAUAAAUCAGCUGUGGAAAUCAGUUUUAAUUGAUGUGUGGAUGUGUCUGAUCAUUGUUAGAUGCCUUUUUUUUUUUUUACCUUUGGUUUUAGAUAUGUACUGUUUCAUGAAUCCUGGCACUGGUCACAAAGCUCAGCUGUGAAAAUGAAACUUGUAGUAUUUUUAAACAUGAAUGUCAAUUUCAAGUGUAUUUGAAAUGAUUCCUCCAGGAGAGAGAUUUGUAACACCAUUAGGAAAAACUUCUCUGCAGAGGAAGUAGCCUUCUUUGGAGAAAAUGGAAAAUGGGUCUUGAUAUGUUAUCUCAGCGUAGCCCAUUUCCUAGGGCACCAUGGAAAACACAAAUGUGAUCAUUAAGUAUACCUCUUCCCCAAUUUGGGGAGGAAAGGACUCAGUUUGCACCCUUUUUGUAUGUAAAAUAAAAUGUCUUACCUUUCUUG